AUGCCUAGCUACGCGGAUUGUUUCGAAGUCGGUCCCCUCUGCCCCGUCCAGGCCACCACCUACGGCUACUAUCCCAACUUCGGCGGCAAUGUCUUCUUCGCCGUCUUCUUUGGCGUCCUGGGAAUCUCCCAACUCGGCCUCGGUAUUUACUUUCGAACAUGGACAUUCAUGACCGCCCUCGGCAUCGGUGCCUUGAUGGAAAUGGCGGGCUAUAUCGGACGAGUCUUGAUGAACGACAACCCAUGGAGUGCCCCCGCCUUUAAAUUACAGAUCGUCUGUUUGGUGCUGGCCCCGACUUUCGUGGCUGCCGGUAUCUACUUAACGCUCAAGCAUAUUGUCCUCGCUCUGGGCCCGCAGCACUCCAAGCUGAAGCCGCGACUCUUUACCUGGAUCUUUAUCGGAUGUGAUGUCGGCUCGCUGCUUUUGCAGGCUGCAGGUGGUGGUGUUGCCGCAGCCGCAGGCAAAACCGACCAGGCCAUGCUAAAGGCCGGAGACGACAUUAUCAUUGCUGGUAUCGCGUUCCAGGUUGCGACCAUGGCCGUGUGCGGCUUUGUUGCGCUGCACUUCUUCUGGACCGUUAGACGACACGGUAAUGGAUUGGAAGGCGAAAAGGAUCUCGAAACGACAACUGGUAUCCCUCGCACUCGGAUGCAACUCAUCCUCGGAGCUGAGAUCUUCGCUUACUUCACCGUGAUAAUUCGGUGUAUCUAUCGUAUCCCCGAGAUGGCUGGUGGCUGGGGUAACCCCCUCAUGCAAAAGGAGAGCGAGUUCCUUGUUCUGGACGGAAUGAUGAUCGCCUUGGCCUGCUUGUCUUUCACCCUAUUCCACCCCGGCUUCUUCCUUCCUUCAAUGCGCACUGGCUACAAGAAUCGUGCCUAA